CUCGCCGACCCCGACCUCUAGGAUAACCGGACCAGGACUCGUUUUCCGUUCGCAUGCUGUGUUCAAAUUUGUGCGCCCUCACUCUGAAGCAGGACCCACGGGCCACAACACACGAGCACCAUUGGGGCUGGAGCCUGCGUGCUUGCUUUCUACGUGGUUGCUUUCACUGUUUCAGCUUCAGGAGGAGGGUCCACCUAGAAAGGACGCGGCACUUCGGACAAGCUGAAAAUUAUCACUGUAUCCUUCCUUAGGCGGCAUUCUGGAAUGCGCCAAGGAUUCCAAUAAAGUGAUACCCCUGUUUUCCAUCCUCAGCUAGCUGAGAAGUUGAUACUAGGAGGCAUUAGAGGGCUUCAAAACGCUCGGAACAAGAGCUUCAUUGGCUGGCAGUGCAUCACUUACUGGAUGUCAAAAUCCCUCUAUUUUUACCAUCACUAAAUCUGAGACUUCUGUACCCAGAGUUCAAGAGUAAAGUAGUCUUGUUUACUCAGUAAAGUGAACAUCAUGUCUGAAGAUGCCAACGGGUCAGGUGAUCCCGGGAGUCCUGGGGAAGGUGGAGAGUAUAUGCAGCAGGGCAACGAUGGCUCGUCCAUCAGGGAGCAGGACCGCUUUCUCCCAAUUGCCAACAUUGGCCGCAUCAUGAAGCGGGCUUUGCCAAGCAAUGGCAAGGUGGCCAAGGAUGCCAAGGAGACUGUGCAGGAGUGCGUCAGCGAGUUCAUCAGCUUCAUCACAAGCGAAGCAAGUGACAAGUGCCAGCGAGAAAAGCGGAAGACCAUCAACGGCGACGAUCUUUUGUGGGCAAUGAGCACGCUUGGCUUUGAGGACUAUGUGGAGCCGCUCAAAGUGUACCUACACAAGUACAGAGAGACUGAGGGUGAGAAGGCGUCGUUAGCCAAGCAAGGUGGAGGUGACAUGGGCAGAAAGGAGAAUGUCCAAAUGGGCUCAUAUCAUCAGGCGAUGCAACCCGGAUAUGGCGGACCAACGUAUGGAACUCAGUUUGCUCCUCCUCAGAGUGGGAAUCCAUACCAAAGCCAGCAACCGACUUCUGGUCCAUCAUAGCUUACGCAAGUAAGCAGAAACACCGGAACACUGUGGUGUUCAAGCACUCUCUUUGUAAUCAUGGCCCGUCACGAGCAUAGCAUGCUCACAAAAACAUUCUUUUCCUUUGUUGACUGGAGGUUCCCUCAAGUAUGGGCAGACUUUUGGGCUAGGCAGCGGACCACUUAGUGGGUCCGGUCACGACCAAUUUCAAAGUGACCAAUCAGGCUAUGUCAUGCUAACUUAGUAGUUCGUCACUUUCACACUCUGCUUGAUGACUCUCGUAUUUUUAAACAUGUACUUUCAAGUUUGGCAGUGCAGUUACCCUCCAUCUUAACCUGUGAAGAAAAUCAGCAUACAUGUUACAAGCUUUCAUAGACAUAGAUCAGUGAUACACGGUGUCACUCAGAUGCAG